AUGUGCUCAGAAAGGAAGGAUGUCCAGGCUGACUGUGUGUUUGCUUUGCCUGCAGCACUGCAUAUAUCCUUGGUGUUUUCUCAAGAGUAUGGGUUGCUUGUGUUUAUCCACAAAUCUCUCGGCAUUGAGGAGUUUCGAGAUUGCAGAGAGGAGGCGUUGAAGUUUCUUUGUGCCUUUUUGGAAAAGAUUGGGGAGAAAGUGCAUCCUUAUGCCUGUAAUGUUAAGCAAACUUGUAUUAGUGUUUAUACAAAAGAGAGGGCAGCAAAAUGUAAAAUCCCAGCUCUGGAACUUCUGAUUAAGUUGCUCCAAAAUUUACGACGUUCCUGUCUGAUGGAAGAAAUGAAAGUUGGAGAGAUCUUUAAUAAAUUCUAUGGGGAACUUGCUACAAGAAGUAAAGUUCCAGAUACAGUUCUGGAGAAGAUAUAUGAGCUUUUGGGUGUUUUGGGAGAAGUCCAACCUAGUGACAUGAUUAACAACUCUGAAAAGCUAUUCCGAGCUUAUUUGGGAGAACUUAAAACACAGAUGACAUCAACUACAAGGGUACCAAAACUACCUAUUGUAGCCGGCUGUCUGAGGGGACUGGCUGCACUCAUGUACAACUUUACCAAAUCUGAGGAUGAAGAUCCUCAGACUUCAAAGGAGAUUUUCGAUUUUGCAAUGAAAGCAAUCAGGCCACAGAUUGAUCAGAAGCGAUACGCAGUACAACUAGCUGGUUUACAGUUGUUCGGCAGGCAUGCUGCUCAGUUUGGUACCUUUCUCCUGGACAGCUAUGUCUCACUGUUUGAAACAAUGUGCAAAUGGUGCGGCCAUACAAAUCAAGAGCUGAAGAAAGCAGGUCAUUCUGCCUUAGAUUCAUUUCUUAAGCAGAUUUCUUUAAUGGUAGCUAAGGAUGCAGAGCUACACAAGAGCAAAUUGCAGUUCUUCAUGGACCAGUUCUAUGGAAUCAUCAGAAGAAUGGAUUCAAGCAACAGAGAGUUGUCCAUUGCCAUUCACGGAUAUGGGCUUUUUGCAGCACCCUGUAAAGCUAUACGUUCUAAGGACGUUGACUACAUGUAUGUUGAGCUCCUUCAGCGUUGUAAGCAAAUGUAUCUCACAGAGGCAGAGACAGUAGAUGACCAUAUAUAUCAGCUACCAAGUUUCCUCCAGUCCAUUGCAAGUGUCAUAUUCCAUCUAGAUACAAUUCCUGAAGUGUACACUCCAGUUCUCGAACGUCUUGUUGUGGUACAGAUUGAUACCUUUCCACAAUACAGUGAAAAAAUGCAGUCAGUCUGUUGCAGAUCAAUAGUAAAGGUAUUCCUAGCCCUGACAGGAAAAGGACCAAUUCUCUGGAGUUUUAUUAGCACUGUAGUGCAUCAGGGAUUAAUCAGAAUCUUCUCCAAGCCAAUCACAUUUUCAAAGGAAUAUUUUGGAAAAAAAACUUCUGGAUCAGAAGAGUCCCCAGCAGCUGGAGAGGCUGGAGCAGGGAAAUGGAAAGUACCAACGUAUAAGGACUAUCUGUAUCUCUUUAGAAGUCUACUGAACUGCGACACAAUGAAGGAAUCUGUUUUGGAAGAUGAAAACUUUCUUGCUGCAAAUUCAGCACUGAAGUCCCUCAGUCGUUUGUUAUAUGAUGAACUUUUAAAAUCUGUUUUGAAGAUUAUUGAGAAAUUGGACCUGACUGUUCAGAAGCUGAAUGUUAAUGAACAGGAUGAAGAUGAGACUGACAGUGCUUUGGUUGUGCCUACUUCUGACCCUGCUUCAAACCUUCAGCCAGCAAAGCCUACAGACUUUAUUGCUUUUAUUAAUCUAGUGGAAUUCUGCAGAGAGAUACUUCCGGAGAAGCAUGUUGAAUACUUUAACCCUUGGGUUUAUUCCUUUGGCUAUGAGCUUAUUAUACAUUCAACGAGACUACCUCUUAUUAGUGGAUUCUACAAACUGCUUUCUGUUGCAAUGAAGAUUGCAAAGAAAAUAAAGUACUUUGAGGGUGUCAGUCCAAAGAGUCUCAGAAAAUGUCCUGAAGACCCAGAAAAAAGUUCUUGCUUUGCCCUGUUUUUAAAGUUUGGAAAAGAGGUUACAGCGAAAAUGAAACAGUAUAAAGAUGAGUUGUUGGCAUCCUGUCUGAGUUUUUUGCUCUCUUUACCACCUGACAUCAUAAUGCUUGAUAUCAAAGCAUAUAUUCCUGCACUGCAGAACGCAUUUAAGCUGGGCCUUAGCUGCAUCCCAAUGGCUGAUCUGGGAUUGGAUGCUUUGGAAGACUGGUCAGCUCACAUUCCCAAACACAUAAUGCAACCUUACUACAAGGAUGUUCUACCUCUCCUUGAUGGUUAUUUGAAAAACUCCGCAUCCACAGUUGAACCCCAGGAUAACUGGGAAGUAAGAAAAAUUUCUCGAGCAGCCCAGAAGGGAUUUAAUAAGGUUGUGAUACAGCAUUUAAGAAGAGCAAAGACUUCAUUGGUUGGUGAUCCCUCCUUGGAAGCAGUAAGGACUAGAGUGGCACGGCUUCUUGGAUCUUUGGGAGGGCAGAUCAACCACAACUUAAUUACAGCUACCUCUGCAGAAGAGAUGAUGAAGAAAUGUGUAUCCUGGGACACUGAGAAGCGUCUGAGCUUUGCUGUACCGUUUGCAGAUAUGAAGCCAGUCAUCUACUUGGAUUUAUUCUUACCUCGUGUGACUGAAUUGGCUCUUUCUGCUAGUGACAGACAAGCAAAAGUUGCAGCAUGUGAACUGUUGCAUAGCAUAGUUGCAUACAUGUUGGGGAAAGCGUCUCAAAUGCCAGAAGGAUGUCAAGGUCCCCCUCCCAUGUAUCAGUUAUACAAACGAAUAUUUCCAGUACUGCUUCGUCUUGCUUGUGAUGUAGACCAGGUAACAAGACAGUUGUAUGAGCCUUUAGUUAUGCAACUCAUUCACUGGUUUACCGGUGGCAUAACAGAUCCAGUUGACAGCACUCUGAGAGAUUUCUGUGGUCAGUGUGUUCGAGAAUUUUUGAAAUGGUCUAUUAAGCAGACAACACCGAAACAGCAGGAGAAAAGCCCAGUGAACACCAAGUCUCUUUUUAAACGAUUGUAUAGUCUUGCUCUUCAUCCCAGUGCUUUCAAGAGGCUAGGAGCAGCGCUUGCUUUUAACAGCAUCUACAGAGAAUUUAGGGAGGAAAAUUCUCUGGUGGAGCAGUUUGUAUUUGAAGCAUUGGUCGUAUUUCUGGAAAGUCUGGCCUUAACCCAUGCAGAUGAGAAAUCGUUAGGUACCACUCAACAAUGUUGUGAUACUAUUAAUCAUCUGAAACGCAUAAUCAAGCAUAAAGCACCUUCUCUAAACAGAGCAGGGGAACGGCGAGUACCACGGGGAUUUCCAGCUACUAAGACAGUGUGUCUUCUGGACAUUGUCAUGUGGCUUUUAGUGCAGUGUGGGAGACCUGAGACAGAGUGCCGGCAUAAAUCUAUGGAGCUCUUCUAUGAAUUUGUUCCUUUAUUACCAGGAAACAAAUCUCCAUCUUCUUGGCUGGCUGAUGUUCUAAAAGAAAAAGGCUGCUCUUUCCUCAUUAACAAAUUUGAAGGAGGUGGCAGGGAUGCCGAUAGUCCGUCCGGGAUCUUUUCUCGGCCAACUCUCCAUGGUAUUCAGGAACCCUUUAGUUUACGGACUGUCAUGCAGUGGAUGGAUAUGUUCUUAGCAGCACUGGACUGCUACAAUACAUUCUUUGAGUUACGAAUGAUCAAACCUCAUGAAAUACUGGGUGUAAAUGAAAGAUCUUCAUUCUUAAAAGCUGUGCGGUUCUUCCUUGAAACUAUUGCUUUGCAUGACAUCCAGGCGGCAGAGCAGUGCUUUGACUGUGGUUUGAAAGGCAGCGUGUUCAGUCCACAAGAAAGAGAAGUGUAUAAUUACAGCAAAUGUACAAUUAUAGUCCGAAGCAUGGAGUUUGUUACCAUGGUCCUGGAAUCUUGCCAGCAGGAUUUCUGGAAGUUACUUGAGAAGGAAUUGCUUAAUGCAAGCUUUAUAGAACUUCUGGUGAUGACUGUGUGUGAUCCAUCGCAUGUAGGCUUUAACACAGCUGAUGUGCAAGUCAUGAAAAACCUCCCGGAUAUCUCAGUGAGACUCAUGAAAGCUUUGAUGAAAUCUCCCUAUAAGGAGUCUUUGAAACUAAGCUUAAAAGAAAGACUCACACCGCAAAGCCUUGAGGACCUUUGUUCUGUUGAUCUGUUUAAUUCAGAUGCACGUUUUGAUCAAGUCAAGUAUAGUGCUAUCCUUUCUGCCUGCAAGCAACUCCAGAAAGCUGGCCUGCUUCAUUCUGUUCUUCACAAUCAGGAUGAAGUGCCUCAUUUCUCACUUGGUUGUAAGCUUCUUUCAGUUAUUUAUAAAGGCAUUGCACCUGGGGCUGAAAGGCUGUGUCUUCCAUCAUUAGACAUCAGCAAGAAGCGAUUAGCCGAUGGACUCCUGCAGCUAGCCUUUGCUAUUGAUGGCCAGUGUGAGGAACUGGUGAGUCUGCUGUUGAACACAGUGGUGUUAACUGUGCCAUUAUUAGGAGCAUCACGGAAGAACCUGGUAAAUUUCUCCCAUGGAGAGUAUUUCUACAGCCUCUUCUCAGAAACCAUUAACGAACAACUGCUAAAAAACCUCGAUGUGAUCAUACUCCAGCUUAUGGAAUCGUCUGUCAGCAAUCCCCAAAUGGUUGGUAGCAUUUUGAAUGGCAUGCUAGAUCAGAGUUUUAGGGAGCGCACCAUACGCAAGCAGCAAGGAGUGAAGCUGGUCACAGCUGUACUGAGAAACUGGAAGAGACUUGACAGUUGGUGGGCCAAAGGUUCUGCUCCUGAGAGCAAAAUGGCUGUCUUGACCCUGUUGGCAAAAGUUCUACAGAUUGACUCUGCAGUUUCUUUCAAUACAAAUCACGAAGCAUUUACAGCUGUUUUUAGUACCUAUACUAGUCUACUUAUUGAUCAGAAUUUGGACUUAAAUCUUAAGAGCCAAGCAAUGAUUAUUCUUCCAUUCUUCACUAAUCUGACUGGAGAAAAACUUAAUGACCUUAAGAAUGCUCUUGACCAACUUAUAGCUUUCAACUUUCCCAUGAGGUCAGAUGAGUUUCCCAAAGGAACUUUGAAGCACAAUAACUAUGUAGACUGCACCAAGAAGUUUCUGGAUGCAUUAGAACUGUCUCAGAGUCCAAUGUUGUUACAGUUGAUGACCGAAGUCCUUUGUAGGGACCACAGACAUUUCAUGGAAGGCUUAUUUCAAGCCAGCUUCAAAAGAAUUUCCAGAAGGAGUAACAGCGACAGACAAGUGGUGCUAUUGGACACUGUUCACAAAAUGUUCCAGAGUGAAGACCUUCGUUCAAAUGUUACCCGCCAAGCUUUUGUGGAUCGCUCCCUCCUCACUUUAUUGUUGCACUGCAGCUUGGAUGCCCUGAGAGAAUUUUUUGGCACGAUUAUUGUGCAAGCUAUGGAUACGCUUAAUUCCAGGUUUACAAAGUCCAAUGAAUCUACUUUUGAUACACAAGUCACCAAGAAAACGGGGUAUUACAAGGUGCUAGAAGUGAUGUAUGUACGUCUCUCAAAAGAGGAUGUUUACUCCAAGGAUUCUAAAAUUAACCAAGCUUACUGUGGCUCCAUAAGCGUAGAAGGAAAUGAACUUACCAAGACACUAAUAAAGUCGUGCUAUGAUGCAUUUACAGAAAACAUGGCAGGGGAGAGUCAGCUGCUGGAAAAGAGGAGACAGUAUCACUGUGCAGCAUAUAACUGUGCCAUUGCUGUUAUCAGUUGUGUCUUCACUGAGAGUAAAUUUUAUCAAGGCUUUCUCUUUACAGAAAAAACAGAAAAGAACUUGCUGAUUUUUGAAAACUUGAUAGACCUGAAACGUCAGUAUUCAUUUCCUGUAGAAGUUGAGGUGCCUCUGGAAAGGAAGAAGCGGUAUAUAGCUAUUAGAAAGGAAGCCAGGGAUUCAGGAAAUGGGAAUGAGGAUGAGCCCAAGUAUUUACCUUCUGCAUCAUACAUGAUGGAUAGCAGUUUGAGUGAGGAAAUGAGCCAGUUUGACUUUUCUACUGGAGUCCAAGGUUUUUCUUACAGCUCCCAAGAUGUUACAGCUAGCAGUCCUCGUUUCAGGAGGAAGGAGCCCACAGAAUACAUGGCUUUAGAUGAUGAUACAGAACUGGAAAUGGAUGAACUCAAUCAGCAUGAGUGUAUGGCUUCUAUGACCACUCUGAUUAAACAUAUGCAGAGAAACCAGAUCACACCCAAAGUGGAGGACGGAACAGUUCCAGUAGACCUUCCUCUUUGGAUGAAAUUUCUGCAUGGCAAAUUAGGAAACCCAUCAGUACCACUAAACAUUCGCCUCUUCAUAGCAAAACUUAUUGCUAAUACUGAGGACGUUUUCCGACCUUAUGCAAAGCAGUGGCUUGGUCCAUUGCUGCAGCUUGUUGUUUCUGGGAAUAACGGAGGUGAAGGAAUUCAUUACAUGGUAGUGGAAAUAGUAGUUACUCUCCUCUCCUGGACAAGUGUAGCCACGCCCAAAGGGAAUAUUAAGGAUGAGAUUCUAGCUAACAGAUUGCUUGAAUUCUUGAUGAAGAAUGCCUUUCACCCGAAAAGAGCUGUAUUUAGACACAAUCUGGAAAUCAUAAAGACAGUUAUAGAAUGCUGGAAGAACUGUCUCUCCAUACCUUACAGCUUGAUAUUUGAAAAGUUUUCUGGUGGCGAUCCCAAUACAAAGGACAACUCUGUGGGAAUUCAGCUUCUAGGCAUUGUUCUUGCUAAUGAUUUACCUCCCUUUGACCCCAAGUGUGAAAUAGACCGUGUCAGGUAUUUUCAGGCUUUGAUCAGUAACAUGGGCUUAUUAAAGUAUAAAGAAGUUUAUGCAGCUGCGGCAGAAGUGUUGGGACUCGCUCUUCGAUACGUUGCUGAGAGAGAAAACAUACUUGAAGAUCCAGCUUACGAUUGUGUCAUAAAGCAAUUAAAACAUCAUCAGAACACCCAACAGGAUAAAUUUAUUCAGUGCUUGAGUAAAGUUGUUAAGAGUUUUCCUCCUCUUGCUGACAGGUUUAUGAGUGCAGUGUUCUUUCUGAUACCCAAACUUCAUGGUGUGAUGAAAACACACUGUCUGGAAGUAAUAAUGUGCCGGGCAGAGGAAAUAACUGAUCUCCACUUGCAGUUAAAGAGUAAAGACUUCCUCCAGAUCAUGAAUCACAGGGAUGAUGAAAGACAAAGAGUUUGUUUGGAUAUAGUGUACAAGAUGCUACCUAAGCUAAAACCACUAGAACUUAAAGAACUUCUUCCUGGAGUAACGGGGUUCAUCUCUCACCCUACUGUAAUAUGUCGACAGCGCAUGUAUGACAUUCUGAUGUGGAUUUAUGAUAACUACAGUGAUCCAGAAAGCCAAGCAGAUGGUGAUUCUCAGGAAGUACUCAAACUGGCGAAAGAAAUCCUACUUCAAGGGCUGACUGAUGAGAAUGCUGAACUGCAAUUAAUUGUUAGGAAUUUUUGGAGUGAUGAGACAAGGUUACCAGCAAAUAUUCUUGAUCGCAUGCUGGCAUUGUUAAAUUCUUUCUACUCUACGAAGAUAGAAACUCAGUACUUGAGUCUAAUCACAAAUUUUCUGCUUGAAAUGACCAGCAAGAGCCCAGAUUAUUCCAGAAAAAUGUUUGAGCAUCCACUUUCUGAAUGCAAAUUUCAGGACUUUGUAAUUGAUUCCAGCUGGCGUUAUCGAAGUACUGUGCUCACACCACUGUUUGUGGAGACUCAAGCUUCUCAGAGUACCAACAGGAGCUUAUUACAGGAAAGAUCCCCUUCCACUUCUGGGUCAGGAGGUGGUCGAGUGAGGGUUACCCAACAGCAAUAUGAAUUUACACCUACCCAGAACAUCAGUGGUAGAAGUUCUUUCAAUUGGCUAACUGGAAACAGCAUCGAUACCUUGGCAGAAUAUAUGGUUCCUUCAUUCUCUGAAUCCUUAUCUUCAUCCAUGCUCUUAGUUAGCAAGCGGAGUGAAAAAUUUAAACAAUCAGCCUUUAAACCAGUGGGGCCAGAUUUUGGGAAAAAAAGGUUGGGUUUGCCUGGAGAUGAGGUGGACAGCAAAAUUAAAGGUAUAGAUGAACGGGCAGAAAUUCUAAAACUGCGGAGGCGUUUCUUGAAGGACCAAGAGAAACUCAGUCUGAUUUAUGCCAGAAAAGGCGUGGCUGAACAGAAACGAGAAAAGGAGAUGAAAUCUGAGCUAAAGAUGAAGCAUGAUGGCCAGGUUAUUUUGUACAGAAGUUACCGAGUAGGAGACCUUCCUGACAUCCAGAUUGAAUACAGCAGUCUGAUCGCCCCUCUGCAGGGCCUUGCCCAGAAAGAUGCAACAUUUGCCAAGCAGCUUUUCAGCAGUUUGUUUACUGGAAUUUUGCGUGAAGUAGAAAAAUCUAAAACUCCUUCUGAGAAAAAAAUCAUCAUCCAGCAGCUGCUGAAGGACUUCAAUCAAUUCCUGAGUAUGAGCAUGUCUUAUUUCCCACCAUUCAUUGCAUGCAUCCAGGAAAUGAGUUACCAGCACAGAGAGCUACUAGAACUUGAUUCAGCUAAUGUGAGCACGAGCUGCCUUGCAAGUUUGCAACAGCCAGUGGGCAUCCUUCUUCUGGAACAUGCUCUGAUUUCUCUGUCCCCUGCAGAGGAGCCUCCAUCCAAGCGGGUGUGUGGGAGGGCAGAGCUUCCCCCAGAUGUAAUCAGAUGGAUUGAACUUGCAAAGCUCUACCGAUCUCUUGGAGAUUCUGAUGUCCUUCGUGGCAUUUUCAGUGGUAAGAUUGGGACUAAGGAAAUCACACAGAAAGCAUUGCUGGCAGAAGCAAGGAGUGAUUAUGCUACAGCAGCUAAACAUUAUGAUGAGGCACUCUCUAAAGAAGACUGGCAAGAUGGGGAGCCAACAGAAGCAGAGAAGGACUUCUGGGAACUUGCAUCUCUUGAAUGCUAUGAUCACCUGACAGAGUGGAAGUCCCUGGAGUAUUGUGCUACCGUUAAUAUUGAUAGUGGACAACCUCCAGACCUAAAUAAAACUUGGAAUGAUCCGUAUUAUCAGGAGACAUAUCUGCCAUAUAUAAUACGCAGUAAGUUGAAGUUACUGCUCAAUGGGGAAAAUGACCAGACUUUGCUGACUUUUAUUGAUGAGGCAAUGAAGACAGAACAGAAGAAAGCCAUUAUAGAAAUGCGUUACAGCCAAGAGCUUAGUCUCCUUUACAUCCUGCAAGAUGAUUUUGACAGAGCCAAAUAUUACAUAAGCAAUGGCUUGCAGAUCUUCAUGCAGAGCUAUUCUAGUACUGAUACUUUGUUACAUCAGAGUCGAAUGACCAAACUGCAGUCUGUACAAACUUUGACAGAAAUACAGGAUUUCAUCCAUUUUAUGACCAAAACAAGUAACUUAGCGUCACAGGCUUCCCUUAAGAGACUUCUCAGAAUCUGGACAAGCAGAUAUCCAGAUGCUAAAAUGGAUCCUAUGAACAUCUGGGAUGAUAUCAUUACAAAUCGGUGUUUCUUCCUUGACAAGCUGCAGGAGAAACUUCCCAGAGAUCAGGCCAAUGAUAGUAUGGAGGUGGAUGAAAAGGAUGAUAUUGGUGACCAAAUGGAAGCGGAUCAACAGGGUGAAGACAUUUCCUCAAUGAUUAGAAGCUGCAAAUUUAACAUGAAAAUGAAGAUGAUAGAAAGUGCCAGGAAACAGAACAGCUUCUCUGUUGCCAAGAAACUUCUGAAAUACCUACACAGAGAGGCCAAAACCAGAGAAGACUGGCUGGUGAGGUGGAAUUACGCCUAUUGCCGCUUUACCCACAGUUGCAGCCGGAAUCAGAGUUGUCCUGAACAAGUGUGCUCAGUGCUAAAAACUAUCUCCUUGCUUGAAGAUACCAAAUCUGACUACCUAAGCAAGAAAGUAACGGCCUUCCGAAACCAGAAUCUUCUUCUGGGUACCACUUACCGCAUCAUGGCCGAUGCCCUUAGUCACGAUCCAAGAUGCCUUGAGCAAAUCGAGGAAGAAAAAGCUAGAAAAGUAUCAGUACUGUCGGGAGAGAGUCUUGAGAGUCCUGAAAAGGUAUUAGCAGGUCUGAACAAGAGGGCUUUUCAGUGUUUCAGCAGUGCUGUGAGGAAGUCUGAAGAGGAGGUGCAAUCGCACUCUAUGGAACAUGUAGAUGUUGCUGGAGUUAUCGAUUCAUAUAUGACUUUGGUUGGUUUCUGUGACCAGCAUCUGCGUAGGGAAGAAGAAGGCUUGCUUGAAAUUAACACUGCAGAUCUGCAGCUAUUCCCAGCUAUUGUGGUGGAAAAAAUGAUAAAAGCUUUAAAACUGAACUCCAGAGAAGCUAGGCUGAGAUUUCCUAGGCUGCUGCAAAUAAUAGAAAGGUAUCCAGCAGAGACGUUGGGUCUAGUGACACGAGAGCUUUCUUCAGUUCCCUGUUGGCAGUUCAUUGGUUGGAUUAGCCAGAUGAUGGCACUGCUUGACAAGGAUGAAGCAAUAGCUGUGCAGCAUACUGUUGAAGAGAUUGCAAAUACCUAUCCCCAGGCAAUCAUCUACCCUUUCAUGAUCAGCAGUGAAAGUUAUUCUUUCAAAGAUACUGUGACUGGCUGUAAGAACAAGGAGUUUGUAGAAAGGAUCAAGAAAAAGCUAGACAGAGGAGGAGUAGUUCAAGAUUUUGUUCACUCCCUGGAACAGCUCUCUAAUCCCAUGAUGCUUUUUAAGGAUUGGACUGAGGAUGUAAGAAAUGAGUUGGUAAAAACUCAGAGGAAUAAAAAUAAACUUCAGGAUAUGUAUGAAAGAAUGUAUAGGAAUUUGGGAAAUUUAGAAGCUCCUGGCCUUGGAUUGCUGAGAAGAAGAUUUAUUCAGGCUUUUGGGAAGGACUUUGACCAUCAAUUUGGAAAACGUGGUUCAAAACUGCUGAAUAUGAAGGCUAGUGAUUUUGAUGCGAUUACAAGUGCCCUCCUCUCAAAAAUGACCAAAAGCCAUAAAGAACCUGGAAACCUGAAAGAAUGUUCACCAUGGAUGAGUGAAUUCAAAGCUGAGUUCUUGAGGAACGAAAUAGAGGUUCCUGGUCAAUAUGAUGGUAAAGGGAAACCACUGCCAGAAUACCACGUGAGAAUAUCUGGAUUUGAUGAACGGAUAAAAGUAAUGGAAUCCAUGAGGAAACCAAAACGUAUAACAAUCCGCGGCAGUGAUGAGCAGGAGUAUCCUUUUCUCGUCAAAGGUGGUGAAGACCUGAGGCAAGACCAACGCAUUGAACAGCUUUUUGAUGUAAUGAACAUUAUUCUUUCCCAAGAUGCUGCCUGUAGCCAGAGGAAUAUGCAGUUAAAAACUUACCAGGUCAUACCCAUGACAACAAGGCUGGGACUCAUCAAGUGGCUGGAAAAUACCUGUACUUUAAAAGAAUUCCUUAAAAAUAGCAUGUCUGAAGAGGAAGACUUUAACUAUAGCAGCAAAAAAGGACCUCGUGCUACCUAUAAUGAGUGGCUGUCCAAGAUGGGUGGGAAAGCACAAGGCGUCCCUCGAUACCACGUUAUGUACAGAAAUGCUAACCGUACAGAAACAGUGAUGUCUUUCAAAAGCAGAGAAAGCAGUGUUCCAGAAGACCUGCUCCGGAGAGCCUUCGUUAAAAUGAGUACGGCUCCAGAAGCCUUCCUGUCUCUGCGGUCCCAUUUUGCCAGCUCUCAUGCAUUGAUGUGCAUCAGCCACUGGAUACUUGGUAUUGGAGACAGACAUCUGUCCAACUUCAUGAUUAACAAAGAGACUGGUGGCAUGGUGGGAAUAGAUUUUGGACAUGCAUUUGGCUCAGCUACGCAGUUUUUGCCUGUGCCAGAGUUGAUGCCUUUUCGUCUGACUCGCCAGUUUGUUAAUCUGAUGAUGCCAGUGAAAGAGUGGGGUCUCAUUUACAGCGUGAUGGUACAUGCCCUGAGAGCUUAUCGUGCAGAUCCAGAUCUCCUCAUCAGCACAAUGGAUGUAUUUGUAAAAGAACCUUCUUUAGACUGGAAGAACUUUGAACAGAGGCAGCUGAAAAAAGGAGGUACAUGGAUUCAGGAAAUAAACACAUCUGAAGUAAACUGGUACCCUUUGCAAAAAGUCAGCUAUGUCAAAAGAAAGCUUACAGGUUGCAAUCCAGGAAGAAUCACUUGUGAUGAACUACGUCUGGGCCAUGAGAAGUCACCUUUUUUCAGCGAUUUUGUAGCUGUGGCUCGUGGUAACGCUGCUCAUAAUACCAGAGCCAAAGAACCAGAGGAUGGACUUUCGGAAGAGACCCAAGUGAAAUGUCUCAUUGAUCAAGCCACAGACCCCAACAUUCUGGGCAGAGCCUGGGAGGGAUGGGAACCCUGGAUGUGAGGAUUACUUUCUAAAAGCCCGUUCCGUCAAGUGGCGCAUGCUCUAACAUACAGCUGUGGCUAGAUCAGAAUUUCAGGGCCAAAAAGAGAAAACCACUUAAUUUAUGCUUUUAUCAACAAGGUUAACUUAAUUAAUAUCAGAAAUAAGUGUUUUAUAUUAAAGCUGUAUUCAAACAGCAAUUUGUUAAUAUGGCCUUGGAACAAAACAGCUGUUAUGUCUUUGUAUUAAAGUCAUGAGAGGAAUAUGGUAGCUCUGCUCAAAAGAGAGAACUGGAGAGGUUAGAGCUUUAAGGGUAAUUUGAAAGGCACUGAAAUCAUUCGGAGGAGAGC